AAUUAAUUAAUUUCUAAACCCAACUCCCUCUUCAAAUAACCCGACCCCGUGAACCCCACUUCAAAAAAUAAAAGUUAUUAGUAUUUUUAUUUUUUUUUUGUCUCUUGCUAUGCUAUUUUUCUUUGUGCGAACAAUUUGUAUGAAGUUUCCGAUUCUCCCUAAUAGAGCUCUGAUCCGAUCAACUCAGUUUUAACUCGUUAGUAACUCAACCUAUAUCGCCCUCUGCCCAUCAUACAUACUCCGUUGAAUUGUGUUUGAGGGAAAAUGAGUGAAGUAUUUGAGGGAUAUGAGAGGCAAUACUGUGAACUUUCUGUUAAUUUGUCCAGGAAGUGUAAUUCUGCUGCUCUUUUGCCUGAUGGAGAGCCGAAAAAGCAACAGACUUCAGAACUUAAUGUGGGAUUGGAUGAUGCAGAUGUGUUGAUACGGAAAAUGGAUCUUGAGGCAAGAAGUUUGCCUCCGAGUUUAAAAGCAACAUUACUUGCUAAGCUGAGGGAAUACAAAUCAGAUCUGAAUAAGUUGAAGAAAGAAGUGAAUAAACUCGCCUUGAUUGGUGCUAAUCAAGCUGCCCAUGAUUUAGACUCUGGAAUGAUGGAUCCACAUGCAGCUUCCGCAAAUCAAAGGGAACGUUUAGCCAUGGCAACAGAGAGAUUAGAUCAGUCAAGUGACAGAAUCAGGGAGAGCCGAAGGACUGCAUUCGAGACUGAAGACCUUGGUGUCUCAAUUCUCGCAGAGUUGCACCAACAGCGUGAAACACUGUUACAUUCGCAUAAUAAGCUUCAUGGUGUUGAUGAUGCCAUUGACAAGAGCAAGAAGAUCUUGACUUCUAUGUCUAGAAGAAUUAGCCGAAACAAGUGGAUUAUGGGCUCAGUGAUUGGAGCCCUUAGCCUGGCAAUCAUUCUUAUCCUUUAUUUCAAGCUUUUUCACCAUUGAGUACCGAUGUAAUUCAUUGGGAGUUUGGAUGUAAAUCUGGUUUGUUGUUAUGUAUCUGGCUUGUAUGCUAUACUUUUGGCUGCAUUCUGGUGUAUAUCCUAAAUGAAACCAUUUGAUACUUGAAGGGAAAAUAAGCACGUGAUUAUAACAA